AGUGACAUAUUAUUUGCUGGUUCAAGUCAACGUUUUUCUAUCAGAUUAGAAAUGGCAAACACUGCUACAAAAUUUUGUGGCAUUUGUGAACAAGAUCAUAUAAAUGAGCCUGCUGAUGUAUGGUGCCCUGAGUGUGACGAAGCUUACUGUACCAACUGUAGGAAACACCAUGGCUUUUCAAAAUUAUCCAAACACCAUAAAACUAUCAAAAUUGAGGACUACUUCCAGUUACCGUCUUUUCUUUUGUCAACAAAACACCAAUGCCACGAUCACAGAUCUCAGUUUGAACUUUACUGCAAGGCCCAUAAUGCAUCAUGUUGUGCAUUCUGCAUAAAAGACACACAUAAAGAAUGUCUCGAAUUUGAACCUCUGAAGGAAGUAGUAAAGGAUAUUAAACAUUCUUCUAGAUUUUCCGUUCUCGAAGACUUAUUGGAAAAUGUGAUGUCAGACAUUGAUUUUUUAACCGAACAUACUUCUAAAAAUCUCUCGAUCGCUGACAGCAACACCAAUGAAUGUCUUGAGAAAUUAAAACAGAAACGGAAAGAGUUGAAUGACCACUUUGACAAACUAGAAGAAAAGCUAAAAGAGGAAGUACUUUCACAGAAAAAGACUACGGAUCAGCACGUCGAAUCUAUGAAGACUGAGUUGCUCUCUAGAAAAGAAAAUUUAAUUGAGAUAAAGGAAAAUAUUAUGAAGAUGAAAAACUUGUCAACUGACCUUCAAACAUAUUUUGGUUUAAUAGAAAUAGAGAAAGGAGUUGCUGCACAUGAAAGCUAUUUGAAUUCUUUGAAUGAUUCAGAAAGCCUUCAGCAAACUGAAUAUAGUCUGAACACAUCAGUAGUCGAUGACCUAAUGUUACAGUUUAAGUCUUUAGGACAGUUGAGUGUUGAUAAAAUUCCUUUUAAACAUUGCCUUAAUACAUCAAAGAAUGACCAGGCCCAGUUAAACGUAGUAAAGUUACCGUCAUCAGUAGAUAAAAUAAAGAUCAGCCUUAAAUUUACAACAAAGUUGAAACUUGAAAAUGCAUUCCUUACUGGUUGUGCAAUCAAACCAAACGGUGAUUUUCUUUUUGUUGAUUAUAGUUCUAAGACCUUACUUACCUGCAAGAGCGACGGAAGUAAUGUAAAAGAUCUCGCUACUUUUAAAACAGGGCCAACUGACAUUGCUUUUCUACCUCAUAAAGAUCUUGCAGUAAUUAGUUUUAAUGGUCAAAAUAUGAUAUAUGUCGAUCUCUUAUCAAACAAACAAAUAAAAACUAUCAACGUAAAAAGUUAUGGAAUUGAUUUUAUCAAUGACAGAAUAGUAUCAACUUCUGGUGGGAAAACAUUAUCUUUCAUGGACUUGCAAGAUGAUGCGAUUUCCGAAGUUUGCCAGAAAACCAGUUCAUACUAUGUAACGGCAACUGACACUUGUAUAUAUUGCUCUGAUCAUGAUAAUAAGGCAGUCAUUUCUGUCGAUAAUAAUGGUAAACAGCUAUGGGAAUUUAAACACGAACAACUUAAACAGCCACUAGGAAUAACGUCUACCCUCAAUGGUUAUAUAUUUGUGACAGACAGAAAGUCUAAAAACAUUUUUCUCAUCUCUCCAGAUGGUUCUCAAAGUAAUAUUGUCCUUAAUUUUACUGGUGCAGGACCAAGAGGAAUACAUUUCAAUCGCAGCAGGAGCGAGUUACUGGUGACUACAGAAUAUGGCGAUGAAAUAUCACUGUACGAUGUACAAUUUUAAGUUCGGUUCUAAAGAUCAUUUUAGUGUGGACAAAAUUCCUUUAUAAAACUGUGCCUAUACAUUGAAGAAACAGUAAAUUGGUAAAUAACCCAAAUAUUACUUUGAAAUUAGCAUCAAAUAUACCUCACCGAUUGUGCGAUCAAACUAGCACGUGGUUUACAAUCUAGAUUGUGAUUCAAAUGAAACUGUUUACAUUUUCGAAUUACAUUAUGCACAACAUCUUUACAUUUUCUAGGAAAUAUUUACUUUUUUUGGGGGUGGAUUUUAAAUAUUUCAG